AUGAGAAUGACAGCUGCAGGCGAUUUUCCAUCCCUGGUAUCACCGUCUCGAUGGCAAGGUGGCGGGUGUUCAUCGCCCGGCGUGAAACGUCCAUACAACAACACCCGAUCAAACCGCGCACGAUGUAGCCACAGCAGCAGUGCAACCGGAAUCAUGUGGGUUGCAAACCCUCGGGCGCUGUUUCCCGUCCGCGACGACUUCAUCCGGUCGGCGUGGGUGCGGCGAGAUCGCACCCAGCGCGCGCAGGAGUACGAGGAGCUAUACCCCUGCUUCUUUCGCCGUUCUUCGACAGGGCCCCUACUGAACGACAGGACAACCGCCUCGCAAACUGCCGCCGCUGGCACUCCCGCGACACGACCAGCAGCGCGUGAGACUCAAGCAGGAAGGCUUGCCCCCGACCGACACCAGCGAGGACCGGGCGCACCAUACACAAAGGACCUUGCUACAGCAGGCGAAGCAGCCACGACACCAAUAUCGCGCGGCUGCGCGCGGAGUCGGCGGCACAUGGGAGUAGGGACUGGUUCCGGGAACAUUGCCGAGUUGCGACGGGCCUUCCGCCGGCUCGAGCCCGAGAACAUGUUUCGCGCUCCCAGGGUAGACGGGGAGCCGAUAUGGGCCUACUGGGGGGACGGCAAAGGGGGGGGAGGAGAGGGCGGUCACGCCCAUGGCCAGCCUCAGCCGCCACUACCCCCAGGGAAACGCGCGAGCACGAAGGAUGGGUUUGUUCUGGUGCCGGCGAAAGAAUUGACGGAACUGAGGGCCAUCGAGGGCGUGCUGAGGAAAGAGCGAGGCGUCCUAAACGCACACUGUCUUGUCGAGUUCAACGAGGGCGAGGUUAGCGCGCACCGUCCACUAGAGCUGACCCGCAUGGCCGUGCACGAUGCUUGCGGCAGCGAAAUGGCCAACGCUCUGCGCGAGUAUCGUGCAUGGACCGCUCGUAGUCGCAGCAGGGGUGACGGCGGCAGAGAAAAAAGGGGCAGCAGCACCGCACCACGCUCUGCUCUAACACGAGGUAACAGGUCGACAGUGAUGUCUACCGGCGGCUGCGGGAAGCAUUCUCGCGCUGCCGCAUCGCAAGCGAGGGUUGCCGAGCUGCAGAGAACGCCGGCUGGGUGGCGGUCGCUGCGGUGGGUGAUGAUGAAACGCCAGGCCGAGUUGAAGAGCCAGGCGAUGGAAGCAGCGGCGAUGUUCGCCGAGGAAAGGGAGCAGCGCCUUAAAGAAAGGUUCUUGGAGGCGUGGGAGAGGCGGCACGACUACGACCUCUACUGCGUUUUGGCGGGACAGUUCUGGCCGCUCGAGGCACACGUUUUCCGCGCUUGCUCGCGCCCAGGCAGGAAGCUGUUCCUGGAUAUCGAGGCUCCCGCGAGGGAUCGCAAGCGGAAGGGCUGCCUCGGAUUUCAGUCCCUCUGGAGGGGCUACCGCGUGCGGAAGCGGUGGCACCCGGUCAUCCGCCUACGCGUUCGCCACGGCCGCCGGUCUAUCAUUCGCCCCUGUUUCUCCUCCUGGGCCCGGCUGGCGCGGGUACAAUCUUGGGCGCGGCGGCGGUUCGAGGAGAUCGAGGGCCGUUGGGAGCGGUCCUGCUUCCACGCCUGGGCGGAGUGGACGGCCAACCUGGCGGCCGAGAGGCAGCGGAAGCUGGAGCGCGCCGGGAGUACCCUGAGGAACAUCGCCGCCUACCGGUCGUUCCGCUCCUGGAAGGCGGUCCGUUCGGUUGGUGUAGUGGUGGCUCUGAGACACACACGGAGAAACGCCGCCGUCACCGCCGUCACCGCCGUCACCGCCGCCGCCGCCACCAUUGCUUCGCUUUUCCUUCCGUUCUGGAACACAUUCUGGCAGUCGUACAUCAGGACAACACGCCAGGCGCACCGCCUGUACGCCCGCGCCGUGGGGGGUACGUCGAUGGCCGCCUGGGUUCAGUACGUGGGCAUGGCGAAGAGGCAGAGGGGGCAGAAGAGUGCGGCCGUCACUAUUCAGCGGCAUGCGAGGGGCUACCUGGCGAGAAGUCGAUAUCGGGCCACCCAGACGAUAAUCCACGGCUUCAACCACCUCAUGGCCGCGCGGCGAGCCCGACAGUUUGUCCGCCAGGCGCUGGCCGCCGCCCACCGCAAGGCAACAGAGGAGCUCCUCCAAUCCGGGUACGAUGCCGAGAUCACCGCCGGGAUCGCGAGAGAAGAGAAACGCCUAGCCAAGCUGCAGAAGGAGAUCAAGGCCGCAGACGCGGCCGUCCGGCGGGCGGUCACCAAGAGGCUGACCGGCGGCUGGCUGACGAUCCGUCCCGCUUCCCGCGGCGGGGGUGAGCUCCGGCGAGAGGCGAGGGCGGUUCAGGAGGAGUGGAAGGCGCUAGAAGCCGCCCAGACUGCUUCCGCUGCUGCAACGGCCACCGUCCCGGGAACGACCCCGGCGAAUGCCUCGGUGGAAAGGGAUUCCAAAGACGGCGGUGGCGGCGGCGGUGGGCUGGGCGGAGCGUGGCCGAAAACUGUCUUCCCGGGACGUCUACUGGGGAAGGGGAGGCGGAAAGACAAAAAAAAGGACGCGCGGCCUGACGGUGGUGGUGAUGGUGGCGGCGGCGGUAGCAACAGCCGUCCGAAAGCGGCUCCUGCCGGUGGAGAAGUGAGAGGGGGACGAACGGAAGGAGCGCAAGCUCCGGCCAAGGCCGCCGUCCCUCCUUCUUCUCGCGGAGGAACGGCGGAGGCGGAACGGGAGGCCUGGCGGAGGAUCCUGGCGAGGGAGAGGCGCCUCGCGAGAGAGAUAAUCGUGCACGACUUCGACGUGCGCAACCCGCCCCCGCUUACUUGCUGCGCGCCGGGCUGCGGCCGCACCUUCACCCAGAAUGAGCACUACCUGUCCCACUGGGACGCCGCUGGCGCCGCCGACGCUGCGAGGAAGUUGCUGCUACGACACGUUCCCGACCCUCUCUUGUCUCGUCCGUCCUCGCCACCCCUUUUCGAGACUCCGAAGCGGCAAGACCGCGGCUGCCAGAAAUCGCCAUCGAGGCCGACAAUGCCGACAGACGACCAGCAGUCCGUAGCGCCGUCCACCGUCAGUACCACGGGUUCGACAUCAACGAUUGCCUGGCGGCAGCAGCAGCUCCGCGCCCCAGUGGAGCAACAGCAGCUCCGCCACGGCUGUCCUGCCGCUGAGGAAGCGAAAUUGGAAGCGGAAGCCGGGCACCCGGAGCGGGGGGGGAAGGGAAUAGCGUCGUUCCACCUGGUCGUCGCCGACAAGGCCGACGUCAGAAGAGGCGGUGGAGGCGGCGGUUCGGAAGUAACGGACCACGAAGAAGCCGGCGCCGGGUUCGACCUCGUCUCCGCAUAUGUCACCCGGGUCUGGGGCCACGGGCAGGCGUACAACACCCUCCUCUUCGUCGACGCGGUGGACGCCUGGCGCCGCUGCUGUCCUGUCGCGGACCCGGCCUUUGCAGAGGGCGCGGCCGAGCUGCGGCGGGAGUUCCUAUGCCCGGGGGCGCCCCGGGAGGCCAGCCUUCCGGCGGAGACACGGCGAGACCUCAUGCGCACGCUGGACACCCUGCCCGACGACGUCCUCGAUGGCACGGCGGGAGGGCGGGGCGAUGGUGAUGAGGGUGGCGACGAUGACGCCGUUGGUGGUGAAGAAGUCGGUGGUGACGGGCGAGCGCCCGAUGCGGAGCUGCCCUUCACGGAUGAGAAACGUCGGCCGGAGACGAGGGUCGACCUCAGCGACGGAGAUGAAGGCGGCAGAAGAAGUAUCAGCACGGCCGGCAAUGCUGCGACCCGCGACAGCAGCGGUGGCAGUGGUGGCCCAAGAGCGACCGCAAAGAGCAACGCUCGCACCAAAUUCUCUCGCAAUAAGAUCGCGCGGCCAUCGGCGACGCGUCAGCCGCAACAGCAACGCAGACCGGUGUCGGUUCCGGGGGGGGCGGUACCACCACCAACAGCAUCUUCCGCCGCCGCCGCUGCAGCAGCAGCGGCGGCGGCGGCAGCAGCAGCGAGGGACCCGGACGGUCUGCGGCCUACCUCGUUCGACGAGGCGCAGUUUCAGGCUCUAGCGCACCUGUCUCGGGUGGUCGGGCCCGGGUUCUUUGCGUCCGACCUGGGUCGGCGCGCCGCCGCGCUGCACCAAGAGGAGCUCAAGAGGAGACGGGAGGCCGCUCACGAUAUCGCGCGGCUGGAGCGGAGGAGUCGUCUAGCAAACGAGGCGGCAGAGGUAAGGAGACAGUUGUCGCGCGGCCGGGACGUGGAGAUUGAGUCCAUCGCCCAGUCCGCCUUGGACGUCGCCUCUGGCUCGGUUGUCGAGGCUCUCCUCCGCAGCGCGGUCGCUGGGGCGGAGGUUUUGGAGACACAAGAGUUGGAGGUGGCCCGGGAGGAGGACAUGGUCGCGGAAGCGGCCACCGUCGAGGCGGUUUGGGUCGUGGAGCCCCCCUUGCUGGAGGACCUGCUGGAUCUGGAGAUUGAUGCGCUUAUCUCGGAGGGGGAAGAACGAGAGCAUAUGUCCCUCGAGGACGACUGGGUCCCGCCGGAGGUCCGCCUGGCCAACUUCCGCAACGGCCUCAGCACGGCCAUGGCCUGCGUGAUCGACUUCAACUCCAUCCCGGGGGGAGAGGAAGGGGCCCACCGGGCCGCCAACACCAUCCAGCUCGCGUGGCGGCAGAGGUCGGCGAGGGUGGAGGCGAGGCGCCGACUGGCCCAGGUGUACGUGAAGCGGGCCGGGGCCGCGCCGGGCGAGGUAUUCUACGAGAACACAGUGACGGGGGAGUCCCAGUGGGAGAGGCCGCUCAUCGCGUAUCGAUUGUUCCCGUACAGUAGUUGGUGA